AUGGAAGUGGCCAACCAAUCCAUUGUGGUAGGAUUUGUCUUGCUCGGCCUGUCCGAUCAGCCAAGGCUGGAGAAAACAUUCUUUGUGCUCAUCCUGCUGAUGUACCUGGUGAUCCUGCUGAGCAAUGGGGUCCUCAUCCUGGUGACUGUGUCCGACUCCCACCUACACAUGCCCAUGUACUUCUUCCUCGGGAACCUCUCCUUCCUGGACAUCUGCUACACAACCUCUUCAGUUCCUCUGGUCCUGGACGGUUUCCUAACUCCCAGGAAAACCAUCUCCUUCUCAGGCUGUGCAGUACAGAUGUUCCUCUCCUUUGCCAUGGGAGCCACAGAGUGUGUGCUCUUGGGCAUGAUGGCGUUUGAUCGCUAUGUGGCUAUCUGCAACCCCCUUAGGUACCCAGUAGUCAUGAGCAAGGCUGCCUAUGUGCCCAUGGCUGCCAGCUGCUGGGUGGCUGGUGGAGCCAACUCCUUGGUGCAGAUCUCUCUUGCAGUACAGUUACCCUUCUGUGGGGAUAACAUCAUUAAUCAUUUCACCUGUGAGAUCCUGGCAGUUCUGAAGUUGGCCUGGAUCUCCAUCAAUGUGAUCGGCAUGGGGGUGGCUAAUGUGAUCUUCCUGGAGGUCCCAGUGCUCUUCAUCUUUGUCUCCUACAUCUGCAUACUCACCACCAUCCUGAGGAUCCCCUCAGCUGAGGGACGGCGAAAGGCCUUCUCCACUUGCUCUGCACAUCGUACUGUGGUGGUGAUUUUCUAUGGGACUAUUCUUUUCAUGUAUGCAAAGCCCAAGUCUAAGGACCCCCUGGGGGCAGACAAACAGGAUGUUUCAGACAAGCUCAUUUCCCUCUUUUAUGGAGUGUUGAUCUCCAUGCUCAACCCCAUCAUCUACAGCCUGAGGAACAAGGACGUGAAGGCUGCUGUGAGGAGCCUGGUAAGUCAGAAAUGCUUCACCCAGCCAUAG